AUGUCAUCGCUGCUCUUCUGCUGCGUCGGACCCUGCACUCCUUUUGAAUGGAUGAUCCUAACCACCAUCAUUGCAAACUGCAUCGUCCUGGCUCUGGAACAGCAUCUUCCUAAUGGAGACAAGACACCUCUGUCUGAACGACUGGAGGAGACGGAGCCCUACUUCAUCGCCAUCUUCUGUUUUGAGUCGGGGAUAAAGAUCCUGGCUCUGGGUUUUGCGUUACAUAAGGGCUCCUACCUGAGGAACGGCUGGAACGUCAUGGACUUCGUGGUCGUGCUCACCGGUAUUCUGUCGUCAGUUGGGUCUCAGCUCGACCUGAGGACACUACGAGCCGUCAGAGUGCUGCGACCUCUGAAACUGGUGUCUGGGAUUCCCAGCCUGCAGGUGGUGCUCAAGUCCAUUAUGAAGGCUAUGAUCCCCCUGCUGCAGAUUGGCCUGCUGUUGUUCGUGGCCAUCCUCAUGUUCGCCAUCAUCGGCCUGGAGUUCUACAUGGGAAAAUUCCACACUACCUGCUUCGAUAAAAUCACUCUAGAGGUAGUGGACGGUAUACCGUGUGGUACGGAGCUGCCAUCCCGGUUGUGUCCUAAUGGCACAGUGUGUAAAGGUCACUGGAUUGGACCAAACUACGGCAUCACCCAGUUCGACAACAUCCUUUUCGCCGUGCUGACCGUCUUCCAGUGCAUCACCAUGGAGGGAUGGACAGAGAUGCUCUACUACAGUAAUGAUGUGGAGGGCAGUGCCUGGAACUGGAUGUACUACAUCCCCCUCAUCAUCAUCGGCUCCUUCUUCAUGCUCAACCUGGUGCUGGGUGUACUCUCAGGUGAAUUUGCCAAAGAGAGAGAGCGAGUGGAGAACAGGAGCGAGUUCCUGAAGCUGAGGCGACAGCAGCAGAUUGAGAGAGAGCUCAACGGAUACCUGGAGUGGAUCUGCAAAGCAGAAGUGAUUCUGGCCGAGGAUGACGUCACGGCCAACUUUGAUGGAACAAGGCGAAGGCCGACCAUCAAAACCAAAAACAACAAGACGGAGCUGCUGAACCCUGAGGAAGGAGAGGACAACAUGGGAGAUGCAGUAGGUUUUGCCCGCUCCAGUAUAAAGAGUGGGAAAGACGGCUCCAAUUACAGUAAGAAGGAGCGACGACUGCGAUUCUUCAUCCGCAAGAUAGUGAAGACUCAGGCUUUCUAUUGGACGGUGCUCUGCCUGGUGGGCCUCAACACCAUGUGUGUGGCUGCGGUGCAUUACAACCAGCCGGACGUGCUCUCUGACUUUCUCUUCUAUGCAGAGUUUAUCUUCCUCGGUUUGUUCAUGUCUGAGAUGCUGAUCAAGAUGUAUGGUCUGGGCAUCCAGCCCUACCUCCACUCCUCAUUCAACUGCUUCGACUGUGUGGUCAUUGUGGGCAGUAUCUUUGAGGUGGUGUGGGCCACCAUCAAACCAGGAACAUCCUUCGGGAUCAGUGUGUUAAGAGCUCUGCGUCUGCUCCGCAUCUUCAAAGUCACCAAGUACUGGGCUCCUCUUCGAAACCUGGUGGUUUCUCUGCUCAACUCCAUGAAGUCCAUCGUCAGUUUGCUGUUCCUCCUCUUCCUCUUCAUCGUGGUCUUUGCCUUGUUGGGGAUGCAGCUGUUUGGAGGACAAUUCAACUUCAAGGAGGGAACCCCGUCGACUAACUUUGACACUUUUGCUGCAGCGAUCAUGACGGUGUUUCAGGUCCUGACAGGAGAGGACUGGAACAUGGUGAUGUACGAUGGCAUCAAGUCCCAGGGAGGAGUGAACGACAAAGGGAUGGUGUUCUCCAUCUUCUUCAUCGUCCUCACGCUUUUUGGCAACUACACUCUGCUUAACGUCUUCUUGGCCAUCGCCGUCGACAAUCUGGCCAACGCCCAGGAGCUCACCAAGGACGAGGAGGAACAGGAGGAAGCAGCCAAUCAGAAGACAGCAAUGCAGAAGGCUAAGGAAGUAGCAGAGGUCAGCCCGCUGUCAGCAGCCAACCUGUCUAUUGCUGCUAAGGAGCAGCAGAAGAACAACAUCAAGGGCAGCAAGUCAGUGUGGGAGCAGAGAACCAGUGAGAUCCGCCGACAGAACCUGAUGACAAGUCGUGAAGCGCUCUACAACGAGCUGGAGCAGGAGGACUGGAAGGUGGGAGGUGAAGGGGAGGAGGUGUCCUACCCACGGAAAGGACGCGGUGAUAUGAAGACGCACCUGGACCGGCCGCUGGUGGUCAACCCGCAGGACAACCGCAACAACAACACCAACAAGACCCAACCUGGUGAGUUGCCUCUGGACCAGGAGUACCGGCGCCAGGACGUCGACCACUUCCGCCGAGCGCCCCACCACUAUCACCACCACCACCAUCACCAGAAAUCCAUCGGGCCGGACAAUGUAGAGACAUGCCAGCCGGCUGAGACCCGCAUGGAGCGUGGCUUCAGCUGCACGUCUCUAGGCAAUGUGGAGGGCCAGCAGGGGGAGGAGAGGCACAGCCACAGGAGCCACCGGGGCCACCGGCACAGGAACAGAGAGGGCCGGGAGGCUCGCAGUGUUUCUCCGCACCAUAACGAGGGGCCGGAGGGGAACAACGAACACAGGAGGUCCCGGCACCGCAGGGCUGCCAAGGAGGGCGAGGAAGGCAGGAGACACAGAUCCAGAGGGACGGAGGGAGAGGGGGAGAAAGGCGUGGAAGGGGAGGGACGGAAGACGAGACGGCAUCGCCACGGCAACCAGGAGAGGAGCAGGGGGCAUCGCACCAGAAAGGAGCACCACAGCCUCUCUACCACACGACCCAUACAGCAGUACAAUGAGGACCUGGACAAUUUCCGCAACAACAGCAAGCUGGCCAGUGCCCACGAGCACGCUUACGACCUCCCACCAGAUCAUCCCGACCACGUCAACAACCUGCUGAACUGCCGUGACGCCGACACCCACACCCUGCUCCACAGCAUGGACAGCCUAAUCCUGACCAGCAUGGCCAAACCUGAGUACACCAAGAUAGACAUGCCACCUGUUUACCCCUACCCCUCCACCAACGCCAUCCUGCAAGUGAACAAGAACGCCAACACCGACCAGAAGAAGAGUGAGGAGAAGAAGGAGGAGGAGGACGAGGGAGGAGACGAAGACGGCCCCAAACCCAUGCCUCCCUUCAGCUCCUGCUUCAUAAUGUCUACCACCAACCCGUUUCGGAGGUGCUGUCACUACAUACUGACUCUGAAGUAUUUUGAGUUCAGCAUCCUGUCCGUCAUCGCCAUGAGCAGCAUCGCCCUCGCUGCAGAGGACCCCGUCUGGCCGGAAUCACCCCGAAACAAUGUGCUGCGUUAUUUUGACUACGUUUUCACAGGAGUCUUCACGUUUGAAAUGUUGAUCAAGAUGGUCGUGCUGGGCUUGUUUCUCCACCAGGGCUCCUACUUCCGCGACUUGUGGAACAUUCUGGACUUUAUAGUGGUUAGUGGUGCUCUGGUGGCCUUCGCCUUCACAGGGAGCAGCAAGAGCAAAGACAUCAGUACCAUCAAGUCCCUUCGUGUGCUGAGGGUGCUGCGUCCUCUGAAGACCAUCAAACGGCUCCCCAAGUUAAAGGCCGUGUUUGACUGUGUGGUCAACUCUCUGAAGAACGUGCUGAACAUCUUGAUCGUCUACAUGCUCUUCAUGUUCAUCUUCGCCGUGGUGGCCGUGCAGCUCUUCAAAGGCCGAUUCUUCUUCUGCACGGACGAAUCCAAAGAGUUUGAGCGUGACUGCAGGGGCGAGUACUUGGUGUAUGAUAGAGAUGAGGUUAAAGCUCAGAAGCGGGAGUGGAAGAAGUACGAUUUCCACUACGACAACGUGGCUUGGGCCCUGCUCACCCUCUUCACUGUCUCCACUGGAGAGGGGUGGCCGCAGGUGUUAAAGCACUCAGUGGACUCCACCUAUGAGAAUCAGGGCCCUAGCCCGGGUUAUAGGAUGGAAAUGUCCAUCUUUUACGUGGUGUACUUCGUUGUCUUCCCCUUCUUCUUCGUAAACAUCUUUGUGGCUCUCAUCAUCAUCACCUUCCAGGAACAGGGGGAUAAGAUGAUGGAGGACUACAGUUUAGAAAAGAAUGAGAGAGCAUGUAUAGAUUUCGCCAUCAACGCCAGGCCUCUGACACGCCACAUGCCGAAGAAUAAACUGAGCUUCCAGUAUCGCAUGUGGCAGUUUGUGGUGUCUCCGCCCUUCGAGUACAGCAUCAUGGCUCUAAUUGCGCUCAACACAAUUGUCCUUAUGAUGAAGUUUGACGGUGCAUCAGAAACGUAUGAUGAGGUCCUGAAGAACUUCAACAUCGUAUUUACCACCUUCUUCUUCAUGGAAUCAGUCCUCAAGGUCAUCGCUUUUGGCCCUCUGAAUUUCUUCAGAGAUGCCUGGAACAUUUUUGAUUUUGUCUCCGUCCUUGGAAGCGUCACUGAUAUAUUAGUGACAGAAUUAGGGAAUAACUUCAUCAACUUGAGCUUCCUGAGGCUGUUCAGAGCAGCUCGCCUCAUCAAGCUGCUGAGACAAGGAGAGACCAUACGCAUCCUGCUGUGGACCUUCGUCCAAUCCUUUAAGGCUCUACCAUACGUGUGUCUGCUCAUUGCCAUGCUCUUCUUCAUCUAUGCCAUCAUCGGCAUGCAGUUGUUUGGGAAUGUGGCUCUCGGUGAAGAAGGAGAGAGUGCCAUCAACGAGCACAAUAACUUCAGAACCUUCAUCAUGGCCCUAAUGCUGCUGUUCAGGAGCGCAACGGGCGAGGCGUGGCAUGACAUCAUGUUGGCCUGUCUGGGUGGUAAGGAAUGCGACCCGGCCUCAGGGAACACAGAACCUGAAUGUGGCAGCACCUUUGCCUACACGUACUUUGUCUCCUUCAUCUUCCUCUGCUCUUUCCUGAUGCUGAAUCUGUUUGUGGCCGUCAUCAUGGACAACUUUGAGUAUCUGACCAGAGACUCGUCUAUCCUGGGGCCGCAUCACCUGGACGAGUAUGUAAGGAUAUGGGCCGAGUACGACCCUGCCGCCUGCGGGCGCAUACAUUAUAAGGAUAUGUACAGUUUAUUGCGAGUUAUCUCCCCUCCCCUGGGCCUUGGCAAGAAAUGCCCACAUAGGGUGGCCUGCAAGAGGCUGCUGCGCAUGGAUCUGCCGGUUGCUGAUGACAACUCUGUGCAUUUUAACUCCACCCUCAUGGCUCUGAUCAGGACAGCACUGGAUAUAAAGAUUGCCAAGGGUGGUGCAGACAAGCACCAGAUGGAUGCUGAGCUGAGAAAGGAGAUGAUGGCUAUAUGGCCGAACUUAUCGCAGAAGACUCUGGACUUGCUGGUUACACCGCACAAGGCAGCCACAGACUUGACGGUGGGCAAAAUCUACGCUGCCAUGAUGAUCAUGGAAUACUACCGGCAGAGCAAGACGAAAAAGCUGCAGGCACUGCGAGAGGAACAGCGCAUGGAGCCACCCUCUGAGGGAGGGGGCACGGACGGCCAGGGGGGUCAAGGCCUCAACGGCCUCCCCAGCACCCAGCCAGACAACCACAACAGCAUACCUCCCGAGGGGGGCAUGACUGAGAGCCAAUCGUGGGUGACGGCCAAAGCCCAGGAAAUGUUUCAAAAGACGGGUAACUGGAGCCCCGACAGACCCUACCCCGACGAUCUCCAUGACAACCGUCACAACUCGCAGACGGUAGAGAUGAGGGAGAUGGGGCGGGACGGGUACUCCGACACUGAGCCCUAUCACCCAAUGGAUGGGCAUGGGCGGACCCUCUCCAUGCCCCGCCUCUCAGCAGACAACCAAAGAGCUCAUGCUGUUUCGCGGAGGAGACACAGGCCUCGCGGAAAUAACCUCAGUACCAUCACUGACACCAGUCCGAUGCGUCGCUCUACCUCCAGCCUGGUCCACGGGCGUACGGGCCGGGGCGUGCGGCUGGACGACUACUCCCUGGAGAGGGUGGUGUCUGAGGAGGGGAGACACGGAGGGGGACGCAGACACAGGGACAGGAAUCACCGGACCUCGCAGCGCUCCCUGACCAGAUACACCGACGCUGACACGGGUCUGGGCACAGACCUCAGCACCACCACGCAGUCGGGCGACCUUCCUCCAAAGGAGCGCGAGAGGGACCGCGGCCGGACCAAGGACCGUCGUCACCACCAUCACCACCAUCACCAUCACAGCUCCAUGGACAAGGAGCACUACGGCCCUGAAAGACACGACUACCCCCACAGGCAUCCCCACGACCGCCAAUGGUCUCGCUCACCCAGCGAGGGGCCUGAUGGACGAGGACACAGACAGGGCAGUAGUUCGGUGAGUGGCAGCCCGGUCCCCUCUACCUCGGGGACCAGCACUCCGCGGAGAGGCCGUCGCCAGCUGCCCCAGACUCCUGCUGUCCCCCGUCCACAUGUCACCUACUCCCCCGCUGUCCGCAAGCCCAGCUACGGUCCCCCGGGACCGGGCCGACUGCGCUCGCCCUCCCCCCGACACUUCUCCCCACCAGACCACGACAGAGGCUAUCUCCACCGACCCCCAUCACGCCAGGCUUCUCCCCAUCACGGGGGAUCCUCGUCCCGACACGGUUCACCGCGCUCCCCUAGGCACCAGUCCCCGCGCUCGCCUCUCCACGGCUCACCCAGGUCCCCUCACCGAGGCCGUUGGAGCGGGGCUCCACCUGGGGACAGCCUGGAGGGGGAUGGGCCCUUCUACGAGCGUGACUACGAGUACGAGCGGCAUCAUGAGCCCCCUGCCUACGAGCAAAGCCUCUCCCAUGGCAACCCACACCCACAUGGGGGAAAUCCUCACCCACACCCACGCUCACCUAGGACUGCCCACCACGGGCCCCCUCCACCCCCUCACCCGCAACCACGUAGGGUGCCCAACGGCUACCGCUCAUCCUCACCUUCCCCACAUCGCCGGGGGCCACCUGGGGUGCCCCCCCAUCCACACCACCGGCCCCCCCAUACCCGAGGGCCUCGCAAGGGCCUGCAUGAACCUUAUAGUGAGACGGAUGAGGAUGACUGGUGCUAGCAACCACAGGGAGCGAGGGAUAUGGGCAUGAGAGGAGAAGAAUAGCAGCCUCCGGUGCUCUGGCCUUGGAUAUGUAGACUUUUAAUAAAGCAGAGGUGGCGAAAUUGUUGAGAGGGUAGGACACCCUCCAAACCCUCUACCUUCACCCCUCGGACUGAGAGGAAAGGGCAGAGGGGAGGGGGUGUAGGGUACUGCAAAUAGCCUUUUACAGAUUUUGUGUAAGACUCAAAUCGGUGACAGAGCAGCACAUGGAUAAAAUGAAAAAGAGACAGCCAAGACCAACGCAAGGCCCGGGCACAGUUUACCUUUGCCUCUCUCAAUCUCAGAACUACACUUCCCAGAAUUCUAUGCUUGACCAGCAAGGCCAGGCUGCAGAAGAAAGACAGAGGGAACAAAAAAGCGAGGGAAGAGCAUGUAAAAAAUGGCCAGGGAUGCUCGCGGUUUACGAGGCCUAAAAGCACUUCUCCUAGACUGUCGCGUGAUUGGUUAGUUUCGUCAGAUGUGUGCUCUCUGUCGCUGGCCAAUCUGCUAAUGUAAAAGCCUGAAAAUUAGCUGGAGUCCACUGCUUUGACUCCUCGAAAAGAUAUGUUUAAAGAAAAAUUAAUUAACAAAAAGCCAGGACCCCCUAACCCUUACAUGCCAAGCUAUGCCUCCAGAAAAUCAAACUUGAACAAUGAAGAACAAAAUGAAACUUUACAUGACAAACAAUGAAAAGAAAAAAAGGGAGAACAACCACUUUAUCUUUAACCUUUUUCCUUUCCAAGGGACAGAACCAGGAAGCUCCGCCUAUACUGCAAAAACCAGCCAAUCACAGCGCGCUGGCUGAUAUUUGAUGAGUUUUAUCAUCUCUGUUUACUGUUAAAGACUCACUUAAUGCUGACGGAACUGGUGUGGCAUCACUUCCUGUCCGCCGGUGGUGGUAGUGGAGGGGGGCGGGGCAUGUGUGGGCUCACUUCCUGUUCGAGUGCGCUACGGGGGGGUGGGCUCAGAUAACUUAAGAAGCGAGUCGGACACUUCGUCAAGCCCCUUCCUCCUCGGUUACUCGACCCGGCGCAAGGCGAGGGAUGACCUGACAGGAAAUUACAUCGCAUGAUUGAAUGGGGCGGAGGAGAGGAAAGGAGGGACGGGGAAAAAGACUAAUUUCUUCAGUAUUUCUUCUAUCGAUUACUUCUCCUUCUUGUUCUUCUUCGGACAUUGGAGCUUGGUUCUUCUGUUGCAUUCGCUCAGCCUCCUUUGAUCUUUUUCGGAGUCCAAAAUUUGAUGGAAACCUGCAUGACUGAUUAAAUACAUACUAGAGAGGAAAUCUAAUUGGUGUGGGUGGGACCUGGGGGCUUUAUAGGAAACUUUGCAUUUAGGUUUACAAAAGAAGUUCUCUUCUUUCAGACACUCUCUCUCUCUCUCACAUCUCAAAUGUGAUUUUAGUUUACUUUUUAUCUGAAAUGGCUAUUUUGUUCGUCUCAGUUUUCUGACGAUACGGUUCAAAAUCUACGUUUCUACUACCUGAAGGAUCACAUUCCUGUUGUGCUUGAGAAACAAGAGGGAGAAAGAGCAGAGAGAAGCGGACUUCUACCACACUUGAUUUAUUAUUGUUAAUGAUGAUAGACUUAUGAAUAAUGAUAUCAAUGUCAAUGCAAAAUGACGAUGACAAUGAUGAUGAUGCUGAUGAUUGAUUGAUGAUUGAUUGAUGAAACUGUUGCUGUAGAUUUGUUGUCAUGUUAUUUGGAGUUUAAGUAUGCUAUGUCCAUCUUGUUUACAUCUGUUAUGUUUUUAUCCCCCCGUUCAAUGACGUUUACCGGGUUCCUGAUGCCUUCCUGCAACGUUUUGGGGGAAUGAUGGCUUGGGAACAUUCACUUAGCAGCGUUGCGUGUUGUAACGCAACUCUUAAGAUAUAAUCUCUCUUCAGAGUGGUGGAGGUAGAGGUCAGGGGAGCUUCACUUUCUGACUUGCAAUGAUUUGUGGGGUCAGUACUCUUGUCAAGCCAACCCAAAGAUCAAGAAUUCAUGUUCAGAGGGAGGGUUAGACCCGAUCAUUGAGAAUGUGGAAGAGUCUGCAUUUUACUCUGAAGAGGUUUCAGACCAGCCUGUUUUACUGAGGCUAAAGUUCUACCAAGGUUGAAUUCUUCCACUAGCAGCCAAAAAAACUAGGAAUCUCAAUCUGUUCCCUCUGUCAGGCUCUGAAAUUUUGUAGUACGAUCGGUUGCCGGCAGUGACAGCACAGUGUUGGUGGUAGUGUUGGUGUCAGUAUUAGGUGAUGUUGUUCUCUAUUUUUGCCAUCAGGGGGCAGUUAUCAGCGCACAUUAUCCGCCCUGCCUUCCCCCUCUACAGGACAGCCUCCAGGCCACAUCCUGUUUUCUAGACCUGGAGUGAAAACCUCCACUUAUACCUGUCUCUUAUAUCUUUGUAAGAUAUAUAGAUGAAGUCCAGUCCUAGUCAGGAAACAUGGAUGUAGCCUGAGAGACGCCAUAUCUGUCCGUUUGUCGGCCCGUCCUUCUGUCUGCCUGUCUGUGCCAAUGCUGACGACCCCCCCACCCCCCCAACCCCCCUUCCAACCCCUUCUCUCAGGUCUGGAUAACCAGAGAACAGUCACCAAAAUCACCAAUCCAAUCAUAUGAGGUUGUAGCAAAGCUGGAACCUCCUCUGCCAAAACCCACUUCAGUGUCCACCAACCUCUUUUACCUCAUCUACCUUUUUCUUUUUCUGUCCAUUUGCUUUGACAUCUGUUCCUUCAGCUUGCCAGAGAGCGACACUAAAGGCAUUACAGGACAGAAACACUUAGGACUAAUCAUUUCAUUCUUAUUGUUAUGACGGACAACAAUUAUUGAAUAUUCAAUAAGUCUAAGACAAGAUGAUAAAGUAUAGAUCAAUAUAGAUGAUAAACGACAUAUAAAUCUAGAUAUAAUACAGUAGAUGUAGUUAUAGAUAACAGAGUAAAUUAGAGUUUCAGAUAUUUAUUUGUUUUGCAUACCGUUCAUGCUCAUGACACGGUUGGCGAUCUAGCUACUCUUGAAACCUCGCACUGUUUUCUUCGCAGUUGCAUAAGCCAGAAAACAAACCCCAGUCCACGUGUUUUGACUCUAUGCAGACCUCAUAAGCAUCCUCAUCGUAUUAUUUUGGAAGAGAAUCUACAACGCUGUGGUACUGUAAAACGGAGAAAUUAAACGAAUUGUAAAGAUCGACACUGCAUUUGCACACGUCUCUUGACAUCACACACAGUGAAACCCCUUUCUUUCAUGACGCUUGUCCCCUAUUCCCUCCCCAACUUUCUCCCUCCCGAGAUGUGUUGCCUCCAGGCCUAGUAGUUGAGCAAAGCGUAGUGAAUAUGGGGAUAGGGGGGUUUUGUUUUUGUUGAUUGUUUAUUUGAUUGGCGGGAGUCGAGGGGCGCAAAUCCGAAACCCCUCUGCCGACAUCUCCCAUCAAGUGAGGUUACGGCAGGUGGGGACGUUUCCUCAAAACCCCCUACAGAGCCACAGUGCCUUCUGUAUCAGAGUCACAUUUGUCACCCCCCAUUCUCCUCGACCUUAGCUGCUCCUGUCCGUCCCCCUACCCUCUAUAGUAGUUGAGAUCAACCACACUACGCCUUAAAAGUCAAGUCCAACCGACUCCCAUGCUAGUAUAGAAACAGGGAGAGCGGUGAUUUUGAGACUGGGCCACGGUGAGGAAAUAGCCAAGAUGCUAGACUUGAAGUAGGGAAAUCAAUAUCACAUCCAGUGUGGGCUAAAAAUCCCAUUCAAACACAAACUGAUUUUUUGUAGUUGCUAAAAAUCAAAAGAGAUCGAAACAGUUUAAAUCAGAGCCUCAUUGUUAAUAUACCGAUGCUGUUAGCAAGCUAGCCCUCUUGGCUUCACCUCCCUGUUAGGCGUGGCAUUUUUUGUCCAUCCCAGAAAUGUCGUGGGUCCAGUUUUGGUGUAGUGAGAGGUUUACAGAGGUGCAAAGCGGUUUCCUUACUUCUCAGGUCCCUCUAGAUUUAGGUAGAUAGAUAGUUAGACAACGUAGGGAAAAGUCAGCGACAAAACAAGCAGGCCUCGGUUUGAGUUAUUGUAUGGUUUUACCUGGCAUGGCGUCAGACGUUGUAAUGUUGCCCCUUCCCCCCCUCUUCUCUCCUUUCACUGACAUACAUUACACACUCUGACCCCUCAUCGGCAGCCUGCCAAGCGUGUUGACAGACAGGCAGGAAAAAACCACCUCCAUUUUGGCUCCUCGACACCACUCGCCUGUCCACAAUUGUAACAGCGGAUCCAAAAUGGCCGACACACAACACUGCCCUUGUGUGAAAGCAUGUUGUGUGUGUGCUUUUCCGGGAACAAAUCCCAUUCUUCGGAGAAAAAAAAAGUGAACAUCUGAUCCUUCUUUCGUUGUUUUUGUUGGGGGGGAUUGCAAAGUUUUCGCUAAGUCAUCGCUUCUACCCCACAUCUGCUGUCUGUGUCUUCACCUCCGGCUUCUGUCAAUCAUUUUUCUUUCUUCUUCGUUAUGGGACGAAGGAAAAACUAACAAACGCACCAAACCAUCCACUCAGUCGGCUGUGAAAUUGUGUCAGUGGGUCAGUCGUGAGGCAACGCGUCGACAAAAACACGAAUAAGGGCUCUCUUUAAAAAAAAAAAAAACUACACAGUGGGUUUUAAUGUACAGUAGU